UGACCACUAAUGGCACUUUUCUACGUGACAUACAUUAAGACAGCCUAUACUCAAAACUUAAAUAAACUAUCUCCCACCACCCCCCAAAUUCAUUCCUCUCACGCCACAAAAGCCAUUACACCCAGUACCAUGGCUUCUUCUCCUUCACCAUCAGUUUCAAAUCUUUAAGGCAAUAUCCCAAACAAAAUAAUGAAAGAUCUGUCUUUCUUCUUCCUCAAGAAACACUUUCUCGCCUCGCGAAUGCGUGGACGAGGUCCACGUAGCGGCUUUGCGAGCUCUUGUGGUGGUGAUGGCUCGACUUCCACGCUAAACCAACAACAAAGUAUUGAUGUGAGACCAUCCGUCACACCUGACAACACUCCUUUCGGUGGAGGGUCACCGAGAACGUUAGAGGAUAUGAUACUUCAGCUAGAGGUUGAAGAAGAUCUCGUUCGAAGAGCUAGGUUACGUGAAUCUUACUAUGGUUCUUUUGAUAAUUGCGACGACGAUGAUGAUGGUAACUUGUAUCAGCCCGUUCGGAUGUCAUGCGUUAACAGUUCCGAUAUCAUGAGGUCGGCGAGGAACGCUUUGAACCAGUACCCACGUUUCUCCCUGGACGGUAAGGAUGCGAUGUACCGAUCGUCAUUUCAGCGCCAGCUUGGCCCCGGUGCUGAUGUGGUGAGACAUGGUGGACGUAGAUCAAGCUGCGGGGAUGAACGGAGAUCGAGCCAGACAAAACGCCUGCCACAGACUGUGGCUGGGGAGAGUGUAGUGUGGUGUGAGACAGGGGUGGUUGCGAAGCUGAUGGGUCUGGAGAUGGUACCCGUUCCAGUCAAGGGAAAAAGGGGGAAAGAUAAGUUAGGGACUCUGCUCAAGAGAGAGCGUCUAAGGAGGAGAGAUCAGACGCUCGACAUUAACGGACUGAAUGGUCAGGCCACCGAAGCUUCUUGCUCGUUUGGAGGAUUUAACGCGAUGAGACCGCUCGGAACUGUUGGGUCACCUGGUCGUGUGGGUGGAUGGCCUACACUCCGUUUCCCAUAAGAGUUAUGUUUCAAUGUUGGUUAUGGGACUGGCUUAUCUUUUUAAAAACUUCUUGUCAACUAUUACUGGAAUCAUUCAGUAACUUUCUCAUAAAUUA